CUGCAGGUGCAGAUCAGCUGUUCCAGCCUGUCCCGGUCGCGUGAGCGAUGUCGGCCGGCGCGCGACCCACCGACUGCCUGCGCGGGAACGCCGGCGGCUUGCACGCGCUGCAGGGGUGCGAGAGCUCUGAGGAUGAUGAGAGGAAGCAGAAGAGGAGGGAGAAGAACAGAGUCGCCGCGCAGAGGAGUCGCAAAAAGCAGACGCAGCGGGCGGACCAGCUGCACGAGGAGUACGAGUGCUUGGAGCAGGAGAACCUGCUGCUGAGGAAGGAGGUGCAGAUGCUCACCGAGGAGCAGAGGCAUCUCAUGGAGGUUCUCAAAGCCCACGAGCCUCUCUGUCCCAUCGUGCACUGCUCCGCCAACCUGACAUCGCACCCGAGGGCACAGGUCCUCGCUGGGGGUCUGCUCAGGUAGGGCGACAGAGCCCCGGCCUCUGAAGAUCCCUCACGCACCCUGUGAGAUGGGUCAGCCCCUGGGGCACAACCGC